AUGAAUACAGAUGCCAAUUCUAAUUCCUUUCAAGAAGAUCUGAAGCCUAAUUUCGAUGGGGUACCCAGCCAGGCAUUAGAUGCAGUGAGAAUGCGUGCAGCUCAGUUGACACAUUCACUAAAGAGAAUUAGAGAUGAGCUUUCAAGGGCAGAAUUACCGCAAUGGCAUUCCUUGCAGUCACAAGUAAAUGUCACCUUGUCUCAAUUGAUGUCUUUGACCUCAACUUUACAGCAUUUUCAAGACACUUUAGAUUCUACUGUCGUCUUCCCACUACCGAACUUUCCAACUACUUCACAUGAAGGCUUGCUAACUACUUUGCUGAGAAAAAAGUAUACGCCGGAAGUUGAUGAGUGGAUAGCAUCUGCAAGAGAGGCAGCUGAUUUGGAUCAAUCUAUCCUAGAUCCUCAAGCGAUCGAUAAAUUAUUGAAGGAUGAAAAAGAUGUUACUGAAUGGGCCUUACAGACUUUGGUAAAGGAGUUUGAGAGGUAUAGCUCUGGUGCAGACUACGCGGAACAAAAUUCAGGAGCGACCGAGGAUGAGCAAAUGAUAGACGUAUCAACGGUAAAUUGUGGUAAACCAACUAAACCAUUUGACUCAGAUCAAAUACUAAAGUAUACCUCCAAAGGCGAAAUUCCGAGUGAAAUUAUGCAUGAAAUGAGUGAGGAGGGAUCAGUUGUCAUAACUGAAUAA